UUGUGUUUUUCUUCAAUCAUGUGUUCUGAAAUAAUGUUUUUUAACAAUUAAUCUGUCAAAAUUUUCUGUGUCAUUUUCAAUGUAUACACACUUCAGGCAUUGGAAAUGGAGACAAAUCGUUGAGAUUUUAUGGCGUGCAAGAAAGUGUUUUCCAUGUAAUAGGGUGUUGACCUUCUUCCCAGUACCUAGUCAAAAGGGAAAAAUUGCUUGGGCGAGUGAGAGAUGAUCUGAACAGAACGAGGUGCUUCAUUUGAGUUCAAAAUGACCCAAAAGACAAAUAAUGUCGGUUUUGAGCCUAAUUUUGGACUACCAAUAUUUUUUGAUCAAACAAAUAACACAGAUGUCCCAGAACGAAACCAGGGCGAUGUGGAAGUAGAGAGAACAGUAAGAGUACAGCCUUUGAAUCUGCAAAGGCUUUCAGAACUAGCAGGCAUUGAUCUGGAACAAUGUCCAGUAUUGAAAUUUAUUGGUGGCUGUGAGCAAUACUGUUCUAAGAAGACGCCUGUCUACAUUCUGCCUCAAAACAAAACAAAUUCAGUUUCUCAUCACGAAUCGCCGAUUCUUGGACAAGGAUUAAAAAAAAUGUUUACCAAUUCACGACCAAAUGCCAAAAGGGAAGAGGAAUUAAUAAAGGAAAUAGAAAGAGUACAAAAUCGGCUUGAUAGUGUAACAGAACAACUCCAGAACUCGAAAGCUGAAAGGGAAAAGCUGGAGUGGAAGAUCAAUGAAGUUCAGAUGAAAAUUAAAAAGGAAAGUGAAAAUCUAGGUCUUACUUUUUCUGAGAAUCCUUCAGAAGAUGAGCUUCUCCAUUUAGAAAAAUUAACGGAAUUGGCAAAGGAAAAAGUGAGGCGAAACAGGAUGUUGAAAGUUUUUCAACAAAAGGAGAAUUUACUUUUGUCGACCAUGGGGAGUGCACGAUUGCCGGAAUUCGAUUCAGUACCAUCUCUCCAUAAUAACCCAGUCAUCCAGCCAGCCUUAGAUAUCAAUUCCAUAGAACUGUUGAAAUCCUUUGGCGCAGCAUUAUCCACUUCCUUAAGAAAUAACCCUACAGCAGCUUUCCUACAGGAGUAACCUGAAGACACAAUAAAACCAAUUUAAACCUGUAA